UCUCUCUCUCUCUCUCUCUCUCUCUCUCUCUUCCACUAGAUUGUAGCUUUAGUUCGUAUGAUCUUUGUCGCGCAUGUCUUCAAGGUCCAGUAUAGGUGGUCUCUUGUCGCGAUUCAAGUCCAGGAACUAGGCACUCGAGUAUAGCAGCCGUUGUCAUACGUAGAUGUUCAUCGACUUCCGGUCGAUUCUGUCGGCGCUCUCGAGGUCGCAGCCGACGCUCUUGUCCACCAAGCAACUGCACGCCGUGAUAACCAGGACCCACCUCUCCGGCGACCCGUUUUACGCCACGAGGGUGGUCCAAGCUUACGCCCUGAGCAACCACCUCGUCUAUGCCCGUAGGGUGUUCGACGAAACUCCUCAGAGAAGCGUCUUUUUGUGGAACUCCAUCAUCCGUGCUUAUGCACGCGCGAACGACUUUGAUGAGGCGUUUUCGAUGUUCGGGCAGAUGCUUAGGAGCGAGAUAAGACCGGAUAAUUUCACGUAUGCUUGUCUUAUGCGGGCUUGCUGUGAUGAGGCUGAUUUAGAUGGGCUGAAAAUUGUACAUGGAGGGGCUGUGGUUUCUGGUUUAGGUUGGGACUCUAUCUGCGGUAGUGCACUCGUGACUGCUUAUUCGAGGUUAGGCCAUGUUGAUGAAGCAAGUAGAGUGUUUUAUGCUAUGUCCGAGUCUCAUCAGGAUUUGGUGAUGUGGAAUUCCAUGAUUUCUGGUUAUGGGCAUCUUUGUGCGUGGGAUAAGGGGUUGAAAUUGUUUAGCGAGAUGAGAAGCCUGGGAAGGUUACCUGAUGGGUAUACUUUGGUUGGGUUGAUCUCUGGUUUGGCAGAUAUGAGCUUCAUAGGUGUCAGGCAAAGUAUACAUGGACUGUGUAUGAAAAGUUGUCUAGAUUCCGAUGCUUAUGUGGGUGCUGCUCUAGUUAGUAUGUAUGUGAGAUGCAGGUGCAUGGAUUCAGCAUGUAAAGUUUUUGGAGGUUUGUCUCAGCCUGAUUUAGUUGCAUGGUCUGCUCUGGUAAUGGGCUAUUGCCAAUGUGGAGAUGGUGAAAAAGCGCUUCUGAUUUUCAGAAAGUUGACGAUUGAGUGUAGGAUGGUAGACCAUGUUUUGAUCUCCAGUGUGCUCGUGGCAAUUGCACAAUUAGCAAAUGUAAGGCCUGGUAAAGAGAUACAUGGUUUUGUUCUCCGUUGUGGAUUGGAAUCCAAUAUUAUGGUUUCAUCUGCCCUCAUAGAUAUGUAUUCAAAGUGUGGUUUCUUGGAUGAGGGAAUGCACAUUUUUGAGCAUAUGGCAGAUAGGAAUAUUAUUACGUACAAUUCCAUCAUUUUGGGUCUUGGGCUCCAUGGACUAGCUUCCCAGGCAUUUCAAUUAUUUGAGGAAAUACUUAGCAUUGGAGUAAAUCCUGAUCAUUGUACUUUCUCUGCUCUCCUUUGUGCUUGUUGUCAUGCUGGCCUUAUAGAAGAUGGAAAGAAAAUCUUCAGGAGAAUGGAAGAUGAGUUCUGCCUCCAACCUGGGACUGAGCAUUAUGUUUACAUGGUAAAGCUUCUUGGUACCGCUGGAGAGUUGGAAGAAGCAUUCGAUUUUAUUCAGUCCUUGCCACAACCAGUGGAUCCUGGAGUCUGGGGUGCACUACUAUCAUGUUGUGAGAUGUGUGGUAAUUCCACAAUGGCAGGUAUAGUAGCUCAGCAGCUCUUUCAAAUGGAGCCAGAGAAGGGUGCCUACAGAGUGAUGCUUUCGAAAACUUAUGCUAGUGAUGGAAGAUGGUCUGAUGUGAAGAAACUGAGAGAUGAGAUAAUAGAUGGGAGACUGAAAAAAAUCCCUGGGCUGAGCUGGAUUGGAUGUUCGGGCAAUCAGAUUGACAAUAAAAUGUCGACCAGUUAAUCCUUUUAUGACUGGAGCAAUUAGAGGUUAAAAGUAGAGGGUGAUCAGGGAGGAGGGGAAGAGUGUUAUGUAAUAGAUCAUUUUCCUUUUUGUACCUUUGGAUAAUUGGUGGUAUGAGUGUUAUGAUUUUACUUGAUGAAUCUUGUAGCCAUACCAUCUUUUUUAAUCUGCAAUCGAUAUGGUGUCAUCUUCAUAACUUCAUGAGUAUAUAUAUUGUUCUCA